AUGGAUAGGGCCUGCUGCAAGCGGUCGGGAAUGUGCAUCUCCGUGGGAGCCUCUGUCCAGGCCCCGCGCCCGAUGCUCGUCGCUGGUGGACUGCGAUUACCUGGACGUACACGAUGGUGCAGUAGUCUACACGCGGCGGGCCUCUGCGGGCCCCAGAUUCGGGAGCCAGAUGACGGCCAGAUGUUGGAGCCUCAGGUCACGGUGGCGGUCAGUGCGGGCCACAGGCGUGCGGUCGUGGCAGCGGAGCAGUGCAAGAGGCAGCAGUUUCAGCAUAAACAUGUGCCUGCGCUGCGCGCGACGCACGUUGCAACCGCGUCACCACUGCGUUCGUUGCUGGCCGCUGGGGUUCGACAGGGCCGUGGGCGAUCAAACGGUGCUGAGGCUGGUGGGCGGACCGAGCGCCAGAUAGCGAUCACCAGCGGCCCAUGGACAGGGAGGGCAGAGGUCGGCGAGGUGAAGGCUUGGCGGCCUCUGCGGGCUCGCCCAGCCCGGUCGCCGGACUGGGUCGCGCGCAGGCCAGCGGCGACAGCGCGCGCUGCGCUGCCAGCAGACGAGCAGCAUCUGCGCCGGAGCUGCGCUCAGCUGUCGUCGUCGUCGGCGAGGUCGCCGCUGGCCGCUAGCCUCCGCACCGUGUGGCGUGCGGCUGCCGCUUUGGGCCACGACAAGACGCCCGUUUGGCAAGCAGCCCAGCCACACGUCCCCUCUGGCCUCCACGCUGGCCACUGGCCUCGCCCCCGCUGCGCGGCUGAGGCUGCGUCGCAACAUGCUCUUGACAGUCGGAUUCACGUCGCCCACACCCACGCCUCGCCCUCACCCUCGCCCUCGCCCGUCCAGCUCAGCGCGGCUGCCCGAGGCGGGCCCCAGAGGCGAAGCCCGACCUGCUCGACUGCUGCCCGCCAGCUGCACCAGCGUCUGCGUGAAGCAUCUUGCCAGGCCGCGACGGACAAUUGA